GGAAAGGCUUAACGUCUAUAAAUAGAGAUCCGUCUUCCCCAACACCCCCGCAAACCCAUCUUCUUCCUCUCCGUCGUUCACCUAAACUCUUUUUUUUUAUCCCGAACCCAAAAAAAAAACCCUUCAUUCUCGAGACAAAAGAUCCAACCUUUGAAACCCUCCUAGAUUGUGUGAUUUAGCAAAGAGAGUUUUGUUCUGAUACGUGAGACAAAUGGAGCAAAAGAGCGUACUCUUUUCAGCUUUAGGUGUUGGUGUUGGUGUUGGAUUAGGGAUAGGGCUCGCAUCGGGUCAAAGUUUGGGUAGAUGGGCAAACGGGUCAAACUCUGUAGAGGAUGGACUCACCGGACAACAGAUGGAGCAAGAGUUGCUGAGACAGAUCGUUGAUGGGAAAGAGAGUAUUGUCACCUUCGAUGAGUUUCCGUAUUUCUUAAGCGAGAGAACUCGAGAGUUGUUGACAAGUGCAGCUUACGUUCAUCUAAAAGAGUUAGAAAUCUCAAAGCACACUCGGAAUCUUGCACCUGCAAGUAAAGCCAUUCUACUUUCAGGUCCUGCCGAGUUCUAUCAGCAAAGGCUUGCAAAAGCUUUGUCUCAUUACUGUGAAUCAAAGCUAUUGCUGUUAGAUAUAACUGAUUUCUCCAUUAAGUUACAAAGUAAAUACGGAUGCACCAAGAGAGAACCUCUUCACAAGAGGUCUAUCUCUGAGUUAACAUUAGACAAAAUGUCGAGUUUGAUGGGUUCCUUCUCUAUGCUCUCUCAAAGCGAAGUUGAACCAAGAGCUUCCAGCAAACGCAGCACAAAUCUAUGCUUCAAUGAGAAAUUUUUCUUGCAAUCACUUUACAAGGUUAUGGUCUCUGUAUCAAAAACAAAUCCGCUAAUAAUAUACCUCAGGGACGUUGAGAAGCUUCUUGAAUCAGAAAGAUUCUACAAGUUGUUCCAGAUUUUCUUGAACAAGAUCUCUGGUCCUGUCUUGAUUCUUGGCUCAAGGGUAUUAUUAGAAACUGAAGAUGGUUACAAAGAAGUAAGCGAAGGUGUCUCCGCUCUGUUUCCUUACAACAUCCAAAUCAGACCACCGGAGGAUGAAUCUCAGCUCUUGAGCUGGAAGAAUCGUUUAGAAGAUGACAUGAAGAUGAUUCAGUUUCGAGACAACAAGAACCACAUCGCGGAGGUUCUUGCUGCUAACGAUAUCCAAUGCGAUGACUUAUCUUCCAUAUGCCACGCUGAUACAAUGUGUUUGAGCAACCACAUUGAGGAGAUUGUGGUUUCUGCUAUCUCUUAUCAUUUGAUACACACCAAAGAACCUGAAUACAGAAACGGAAAGCUUGUCAUAUCUUCCAAAAGCUUGUCUCAUGGACUGAGUAUAUUCCAAGAAGGUGGAAGCAGAUCAUUUGAGCUAGACACUAACACUGACUCUAAGAGAAAAGGAGGAGAAGUGAGUUCAAAGAGCGAGUCCAAACCUGAAUCAUCUUCUCCUGAAAACAAAAACGAGCUGGAAAAAUCACUUCCUUCAAACAAGAAUGACAACAAUCCAUUGCCUCCAAAAGCGCCUGAGGUUGUUCCUGACAAUGAGUUUGAGAAGCGUAUAAGACCAGAGGUCAUACCAGCAAAUGAGAUUGGUGUGACGUUUGCAGACAUUGGUGCUUUAGAUGAAACAAAAGAUUCACUUCAAGAGCUUGUAAUGCUUCCACUUAGAAGACCUGAUCUCUUCAAAGGAGGUCUUCUCAAGCCUUGUAGAGGAAUCCUUCUGUUUGGACCCCCUGGUACUGGCAAAACAAUGCUAGCAAAGGCUAUUGCAAAUGAAGCUGGUGCUAGUUUCAUCAAUGUCUCCAUGUCUACGAUCACUUCUAAAUGGUUUGGAGAAGACGAGAAGAACGUGAGAGCUUUGUUUACAUUAGCAGCUAAAGUAUCUCCAACGAUUAUAUUUGUGGAUGAAGUGGAUAGUAUGUUGGGGCAAAGAACAAGAGUUGGAGAGCAUGAAGCAAUGAGGAAGAUCAAGAAUGAGUUUAUGACGCAUUGGGAUGGGCUUAUGACGAAGCCUGGUGAAAGGAUUCUAGUUCUUGCAGCUACAAACAGACCCUUUGAUCUUGAUGAAGCUAUCAUUAGGAGGUUUGAGCGAAGAAUAAUGGUGGGACUUCCUUCUAUUGAGAGCAGAGAGAAGAUCUUGAGAACAUUGUUGUCCAAAGAGAAGACAGAUGAUCUUGAUUUCCAUGAGCUUGGACAGAUGACAGAAGGUUACAGUGGAAGUGAUCUCAAGAACUUAUGCAUUACAGCUGCGUAUAGACCGGUUAGAGAGCUCAUUCAACAGGAAAGAUUGAAAGAUCAGGAGAUUAAGAAGAAAGAAGAAGCAGGAAAAAGCGCGGAAGAAUCAAAAGAAAAAGAAGAAGAAGCUUCUGAGGAGAAAGAGAUUAUUUUGAGACCUUUGAACAUGGAAGACAUGAGGAAAGCUAAAAACCAGGUGGCGGCUAGUUUUGCGUCAGAAGGAUCUGGAAUGAAUGAGCUGAAGCAAUGGAAUGAUUUGUAUGGAGAAGGAGGCUCAAGGAAAAAGGAACCGCUCACUUACUUCCUCUGAAAAAAUGCAAAGACAUAAAAUUGUGAAUGUAUGUUUUCUUGCUGCACACGAUUUCAAACCGAUCGGUUUGGUCUUUGGCAAAUCAAAAACAAAUAGUCUUUUUCACUUGCUAGGUUAUUCUAUUUUUAGAUCAUCUUUUUUUUUAGAAUUUUCCUCUAAACCGUGAUUUUUUAUUUUCUAUCUUCAUAUUUAUGUCAUUGUGAAUGUGUAGUUAAUUUAUGUAGUAAGCGUAUUUAUAUAAAUAUUUGCCUGCUUGGCCUUGGUCUU